GCCAUUAAAGCAAGCCAAGGCAAAUAUUAUGAUGCAUGGCAGCAGGAUAUGUUGAUGUUUGUCACAAUCUGCGUGCAAACCGAACACAAGGCAAGCAGGGUGAUUAUUGGCUGCCGGGGACAAAAGCGGCUUCACCUGGCAGGUGGAGGGACAGUGAGAGAGAGGGGCUGGGAGAAAAGAAGCGGGGCGAGAAAAGUCGACUUACCUGUAGCCCAACUUCUGGCAGCUCACUCUGUCUGUUACCUGCUCCGACUUGAAAGUCCAGUUUCACAAGGAAGAACCGUAGAGGAAGCAAAAUAUGUCACAGGAGACAGACAAUAAGCGUCUGGUGGUGGUGGUCCCCAACGAGAGCUCCUUCCCUGCCGUGCGACGGGCCUACACCAGCGAGGACGAGGCAUGGAGGUCGUACCUGGAGAACCCGCUGACGGCCGCCACCAAGGCCAUGAUGAGCAUCAACGGGGACGAGGACAGCGCCAACGCCCUGGGCCUGCUCUACGACUACUACAAGGUGCCUAAAGAAAAGAGGCUUCUGCCAGUUCCCAAAGUGGCUGAAAUGACAGAAGAGCAGGAGAAGAGGUCUACAUUGCCGAGCAACCCCACCAGCCAAAGCGAGGUGGAGACGGUGGACAACCGUGUUCAGGUCCUCAAAUCUGUACCCGUCAACUUGUCACUGAACACGGAGCACCAGGAGACCAAACGGGAGCAGUUCAGCAGCUCGACGGGGGCGGGGGCGCCGUCGGGGGAUGGAGGCUCGCCAGCUGUGGCCGUGGUGAAGGCAGAGAUGUACGCGCCCGUCUUCAUGGCGGGAUCGGGGCUUCACUACAGGGUAGAGGGGGAAGAGUCGGCGAGGGUGAUCUACGAGCAGAGUCCGUAUGAAGUGACCACCGUCAGUCACAGCUCGUACGUGAAGGAAGACCAGCAGAGUCCGCCUGACAGCCCGUUUGAGGAGGAGAGAGACGGGAAGUAUCACACACCUUCCUCUCUGGCUCCAGAUGACUUCUUAUUUCACCAGGAGGGAGUCGACAGUUUCCAGUACACGCUGGACGCCACUCGCUCGCUGCGUCAGAAGCAGGGCGAGGGCCCGAUGACCUACCUGAACAAAGGCCAGUUCUACGCGGUGACGCUCAACGAGCUCAGCGCCAACAAACGCCUCCGUCACCCCAUCAGCAAAGUCCGGAGCGUGAUCAUGGUGGUGUUCAGCGAAGACAAGAACCGAGACGAGCAGCUUAAAUACUGGAAGUACUGGCACUCCCGGCAGCACACGGCCAAACAGAGAGUCCUAGACAUCGCUGAUUACAAGGAGAGCUUCAACACAAUCGGCAACAUUGAAGAAAUCGCCUACAACGCCAUCUCCUUCACCUGGGACGUGAAUGAAGAGGCCAAGAUCUUCAUCACCGUCAACUGUCUGAGUACGGACUUCUCCUCGCAGAAGGGGGUCAAGGGUCUUCCUCUGAUGAUCCAGAUCGACACGUACAGCUACAACAACCGCAGCAACAAGCCUCUGCACAGGGCUUACUCACAGAUCAAGGUCUUCUGUGACAAGGGAGCAGAGAGGAAAAUAAGGGACGAGGAGAGAAAACUCUUCCGCAAGAAGGCAAAAGGGAAAGAUGGAGGUGUAGGCGUGAUAACCGUCCCCAAGAAGUCUGACACCACCUAUUUCAAGACCAUGAGCGACCUGGAGGCUCAGCCCGUUCUCUUCAUCCCUGACGUUCACUUUGGCAACCUGCAGAGGGCCGGACAGGUGUUUACCUUCAACACGGAGGAGAUCGAGAGAGAAGGGAGCGUGCUGGUGAAGAGGAUGUUCAGGCCGUCGGAUGAAGAUCUGUGCCCGUCACCUCACAAGCAGAUCAAAGAGGAGACGCACAAGAGGGUGCUGCUGUACGUAAGAAAGGAGAUGGACGAGGUGUUUGACGCACUGAUGCUGAAGUCUCCCACGCUCAGAGGCCUGAUGGAUGCUAUAUCAGAGAAGUAUGGCGUGCCCACGGAGAGGAUAGCCAAAGUGUACAAGAAAAGUAAAAAAGGGAUCCUGGUGAACAUGGACGACAACAUCAUCGAGCAUUACUCCAACGAGGACACCUUCAUCCUCCACAUCGAGAGCUACGCAGACGCCUACAAGAUCACGCUGACGGAGAUCUGACAGCUCGUCAGCUGACCUGAAGGGCAGCAGGUAGAGGUGAACAAGAGACGCUGUGACUGCUGGUUGGCUGGAAUCUACGAGGCUGCUAUUGACUGGCUGAUAAGCUGACUGACAGUAUUGGAGACAGCCCUUUGAUGGUGUUGCUCCGACACUCUAAGGUCAAUGUCGACACACCUGAUCUCUCUCUGACACUGAAGCAAGUGGGAUUUUCUGUGCAGGAGGAGGACAAUGACACAAAGUAAAAAGAGGACAUUUCAGAAUUUCUCAUGAACUGGUUAUAUUUACUUCUUCCUCGUUCUCAUCCUCUGUGCUGUGAGGUGAAAUUAUGGAGAACAGAUCCCUGUCCUCCACAAUUUUUAUUGUAUAAAAGAAUUUGUACUUUUACUCUCAUUCUGUACAGUCUUCUCUUUUUGCCAAUUAACACAUCAGGAUUAGCCUCGUAAAUUGCCUGAUGCGCUGUAUGUAGCCGCAGCUUCAAUUAGCGCUCCUGAGUAACUUAGCAGCUUCUUUGCAUGCCAGCCUUUGUUGUUGUUAGUUGUGUUAUUAUUUAUUAAUGCUUUUAAUGACAAUGUUUUCUUUAGCAAUUUAUCCGAGAAUUUCAAGUACUUUACAUUUCAGUGGCAUUUUUCUUUUCACCCUCUUUAAGAGUACUCAAGGAGUUUCUAAAUGGCGUAUCUCUGUUUUUCAGCCAUUGAUGUACUAUAAGUGUUUAUUUGUAGGACCUUACAUGAGAUGGUGACGACACAACUUAAGAGGGUGACAAACGGCACUUGGUUGUUGUGUUAUUCUCAUGUGCUUGGUUCUGUUGAAAAAAAUGAAUAAAGAUAUAACCAUA